AUGAAGCCCAGCAAGUUGUUGACAGACUGCGACCAGAAGCAGGACGGCCAGAUCAAGGACAUCGAAGGUCGCGAGAAGGAGACCCGCGAGGAGGUUGAGGUGUUGAAGGCCAAGUUGGAGUCUCUCAUGGAACACCUUGACGGCAAGGAAGAUCCCGCAACCGAUGUGCAGGGGACAAUUGACGAGCUCAGGGAGUCCAUCGACAAGUUGGCGAAGCAUGACCAAGCGCAACAGGCCGAGAUCCAAGACGUUGCUGAGAGGGAAGCCCUCCUUCAGAAGGAGCUGGAGAAGCAGGUUGGCUGGCUGGCGGAGUACGGGAAAAACUUGCAGGAGCAGAUCGAUAACAUCAACAGGAAAUUAGUAGAUAUGGUGACAUGUAUGCAGACAACAGUUGGAACACAGGCCGAGGCCCUGAAGGCCGCCGCCUAA